AUGCCAACUACCAGUACCAAUCUCUCUGUGUCUCAUUUCAACUAUAGCAUUGCGAUUUUUCAUACGCAUUUGCAUGGACCAAUGUACGUAAUGUUAUGUAACCUAAUUAUGUGUGACUUAUUCGGCAGCACCGCAGUAAUGCCGAGACUAAUGGCUGACUUUUUUGUGGAUGUGAAGGUUAUCUCUUUUGCAGCAUGUAUUAUACAAGCUUUCUUCAUUCACAUGUACUACCUCGCGGGGCAGCUGGUAUUGGCAGCAAUGGCGUUAGACAGAUAUGUGGCGAUUUGUAAUCCUCUCCGCUACAAUACAAUCAUGACCCCACGGAUGGUAGUGAAACUCUGCUCGAUUGCCUGGGCUGGCGCCUUUAUUAUGGUCGUAAUUCUUUUGUCAACUACGAUUAACCUUAAAAAAUGUAAAUCAUUAGUUGUGCACGCGUAUUGUUUCAACGGAGCAUUGUUUGUAUUGGCUUGCGGAGAUUAUACGGCAAAUAAUAUUUAUGGAUUAUUUAUAACGUAUUUCCCAUCAACUUUGUCCAUAUCGGCAAUUGUUUUCACCUACACUAAAAUUCUAAUAGCCUGUUUUUUUAAAGCGCAAGCCAACGCUAAAAGUAAAGCUCUUCAGACCUGCGCAUCACAUUUAACUGUUUAUGUCAUAUUUGAAACCACCCUUUUAUUCUCCAUAAUGGCUUUGCGUUUUCCAAAUAUCAAUCCUACUUUAACAAAGAUAUUUGGGACAGUCAUGAUUACCGUUCCGCCUUGUCUGAAUCCCCUGAUUUAUGGAAUAAACACUAAGGAAAUUCGAAAUACUGUUCUGAAACAUUUAAAAAAGAAAAUAACGUCUAGUUAG